AUGAAAAAUAUUAUAAAUUCGCUAUGCGAAAAAUAAAAUCUGCUAUUUUAAUCACCAACAGGAACAGGUAAAACACUUGUAACUAUUUGUUCUGCUCUUGCAUACGCUGAGAAGAAUCCUAAUGUUUAGGUAUUAGUUUUAACAAGAACUAAUGAAUAAAUAAAUGGUUUUAUAAAAGAAAUAAGAAAAAUUAAUAAAUAUCCAAAGAUAAGCAAGUAUUCUAUUUUGGCUGGAAGAAAUUAGUUUUGUUUAAAUCUUGAUGAUUUUAAAAAAGAUUUUGAAAAGCAAGGAAUAAAAAAAUCUAAAUUUAAUAAACAUCUUACUAAAGAAUGUAAUGAUAGAUGUAAAAGAACUAAUUGUGAAACCCACAAAGCUAUGUAAUCUCCUGAUUUGAGCUUAUUUGCAUAAAAUAAAUAUGUAAAUAUUAAUCAAAGAGUAUUUUAAGAUUAAAGGGAAUAACUAGGGUGCACAUGUUGCCCACAUUUCAAAAUUUACAAAAAGAUUCUAAAAAAGAAGUAGAAAGAAAAUUUAAAAAUGGAUAUACAUUUUCCAUUUGUAAGUUAAGGUUAUAAUCAACAAUAUAAUUUGCCUGAUAUUGAAGACAUGAAGGAAUUAUUCGAACAAUAAGAGUUAGGGUGCCCAUUUUAUUUUAAUAAACUAGCAACACGCUCUGCUAAAUUGGUUUUUUCUACAUACAACUAUCUUAUUAAAUAGAAUAUAUUAGGAAAUAUUAAAGACCUCUUUGAAGGUGAAGUAGUUGUAAUUUUUGAUGAAGCUCAUAAUAUUUCAGAGUAAGCUGAGCAAGAAUAAAGUACUAAAAUGCAAUAAAAAUAUUGGGAUUAAUUGGAUACUACUCUUCAAUAAGUAUAAAGAGUUUUUAACAAAAAUAAUUAUUCUAGCUAAAAUCUAAAUAAUCUUUAUCGAAAUGUUCAAGAUAUAAUUUGUAAAGAUAUUUAAGAAGAAGCUAAUUAUUUCAUGUCUAGUCUCUAAAAAAAAAUAGUUGAGGGUGAAAGUACAGAUACAGAGAGUGAUAAGUCUGAUUUAGAUUCUUCUAGCCAAGAACAAAAUGAUAAAGAUGAUGAUGAUGUGGAAAAAGUCUCUCCUAAAUUUAAGCAUGUAAAAUACAUUAAAUAGGUAUCCCAGGAGGAUUAAAAGCAAUCAAAAAGGAAAUUUAUUUAAAACAUCCAGUUUUCCUCUCAAGAUAUUUAUGAUAAAAUAAAUUUAAUAAUUUUUAAUAAUGGUGAAUUACCAUAAAAUUCGGAUGAGAAUCUUAAACAAAUUUAAUAGUACAUAAAAGAUAUUAAAUAAAAUAAAGAUUAUACAAUUGUUGAAAUGGAAAGUACAUUUGCAUCUUAUUAAGAUUUAAGAAGAAAAGAAAUAUUGGAUUUUUUUAACAAUUUUCAGGGUCACUUCUUAAGCAUAAAAGAAGAUUGUGAGAACAUUUAAUAUAUAUUUGAUGAAAAAAAUUAAAAGGAUGUUAAACCUUUUUGCUGUCUUUUUUCAGAUAAAGAAAUUACAAAAUAAUUUUAAUUAUUGAAUGUAGUUGACGUUAAACAAGCUGAAAAUUUUAUUGAUAGGUUAACAAAAAUGUUUACCAUGCUCUAAUAUUUAAAAAAAGUGAUUAGAGUUUACACAGAAAAGGAAAAAAAAGAAUCUAAAAGUAAAAGUGAUGCUCAACGCAAUAUUUUUGUAGCCGAAAAUAAUUAAAUAUAUGAAGCUAAUUAAGAUGAUUUAAAUAAUUUAAAAAAAUUCGGAGAGCAACUUAAGCUGAAAUAUAUAUAAAAAAUAUGGUUCUUUUUCUAUAGACUAAUAAAACUGAGAAAGAUGUAUAAUUACUCAGAAGACCCUAUUUAUUUAUCAAACCAUUAUAUUUCACUUCUUAGAGGAGAAUAUUCUUUAGUGCCCGUUUUAUAAAUAGGUUGUCUAUCAGCUUCAUAUCUUUUUAAAAAAAUUUAUAAAAAGCUAAAAAUAAGUUCUUUAAUACUGACUUCAGGUACACUAGAACCAUUUGAGUUAAUAUAGAAAUCUUUAGAUUUAGAAUUUUAAACAUAUUCCUCUCCUCAUAUAAUUAAUUCGUAGACAAAUCUUUUUACUUAAUUUAUUAGCCACUACAAUGAUUAAGAGAUUUCCUUCAGUAUGAAAAAACUUGAAAAUGAAGAUAAUAAAAAUAAUAUUUUUUAUCAUUCUUAGUUAGCAAUUCACUUUAUUACAAAUAAAUUUAAUGAGUAUACUAAUCAAGUAAAAUAAAAAGGGGGAAUGGUUAUUUUCUUCAAGAGUUAUUCAAUGCUUUAACAAUACUACUUUUUGAUUAAAAAUUAUUAAUCUAAUGACUUUCGAUACUUUGUAGAAACAAGAGAUGCGAAUGAAUUUAAAGAAAUCUAUAGCUAAUAUAAGUAGCUUAUUCAAAAUAAUCGAACUAAUUGUGUUUUCUUAGCUGUAAAUAGGGGUAAACUCUCUGAAGGUAUUGAUUUAAAAGAUAAUUUAUGCAGAGUAGUUAUCCUUUUCGGAGUUCCAUAUCCAUGCUUUACAGAUCCAUAUGUAGUUUGUAAAAGAACUCAUGCAAAGCUUUAUUUAAAGGAAGAACAAUGGUAUAAAAAAGAGACUGUGAAGGUUGUCAACUAAUCUGCAGGAAGAUGUAUCCGCUACAAAGAUGAUUGGGGUUGCAUUUUUUUCUUAGACUCUUAAUAUUACUCAGAAAGCAAUAUAUAUAAACAUAUAUCAAAAUGGAUUUUAGAUGGCCAAAAAGCAAAAGUGAAAUAAACUGAUGAAUGGACUUAACAUUACUCUGAAUUUUUAUCAAAUAAAGCUUAAGAGUAUUUCUAAAAAUAAAAUUUUUGA